ACAUUAAUUAAUACGCUGUAUUGUGUUUGUAAAGUACAAACUUUUAAAAAUGUCUCAUCCAUUAAAUGAAUUAAAGCGACGUCUAGAAGAUGAAUCCACACCUUUAGCAAAGAGAUUCCGCCUUGCGAAAAAUGUAGCAUUUUCCGAGCAUUUUCCUACAACACCUAAAGAGAGAGUCAUAGGUAACUGGCUGGAAGAAAUAACAAGUAAUAAAAAAAUAACAAACAAAGACUUCAAGGAUGUAUUAAGCUGGUUAAAUAACGUUGAUGAUUUUACUGUUGAAUUGAAGUAUAAACUUAUAAAGAUUGUAGUACAAUAUCUCAAUAAAAACACCAUACAAGAUGAGGAAAUACAGCACAUAAUAGCGUUCAUAGAAAAUCCCAAAAUAUCACAGCAGUUGAGCGCACAAGUCGAGGAUUAUCUCACUAUAACUAUGACUGUGUUACAGCAUUUAUCUAAUUCAGAACAAAAUACAACAACAAUUGACAAAAUAUUUAACCACAUAACAAAAUAUUACAAAGAAUGUCGGAAAAAGUUUGAAUUCGUCCUCAAAAUAUUGACAGAAGACAAACUGGAAACUAUUUUUAGCUUUUUGAACACUAACAAUGAAAAAUGUGUGCUAAAUCUCUGUCAGAACAUUUUAUUUCCGUUGAAUAAAAGAUCUUUCUUUGCGCGGUAUUUAAAUAAUUUAAUCAGAAAAGACAAUACUCUCUUGGAAGAAAAGAAUGACAACAUUGAAUCUGUAAUAAAAAUAAUGGACACAUUUUUAACAUUCCCAAACGGCCGUUCGAAUAAAGAACCCAAAUUUUUAUCAGACUUUAUCAAUGUAUUUGUGAACUGUUUUAAAAAUGAGAGUCAAAUUGUCUUUGCAUUUUAUAUCAUUGUUGUUAAUUGUCUAGAUAUGACACAGAGUUAUAUAAAUACUGUUACUAAACUAACAAGUAUAACAUUCGAAGAGAAUGGCGAUAAAAUAAAACGCAGUAUUUUCUUGAACAUGCUCGAAGCACUAUUAAAAUACGAAGUAGAUAUCAGUGUACAUCUACGUGACACAUUGAACGAAAAAUCUAAAGAGACAAAGAAAAUAUUCCUUUUAUUCCUACAAGAGGUUAUAACAGGAACAUUAAAAAUGGAGGGAAAACCGGAUAAAACCAGUUUGAAAAUAAUACAGACAUCAUUAAAACUGGAUCCUGGUUUAAUCGAUCAGAAAAUGAUACAAUUGCUUGCGCCAAUAAUGGUAGCGAAAAAAGGAGCAAACAUUUUAGAAACAUACGCAGACACAAUUUUAAUUCUAUUGCAAACAUUAUUCAAAUUGAGUAAAGGCAUAGACUUUGUCCAUCAAAUGUUGCCACAUUUAAAAAGUUGUCUCGAAAAAAAUGAUAGCAAGCAGGAAGAAUUAAAAGAUAAAUUAAACCAGUCUAUGGACAAUGAUGAGUUUUGCGAAAAAUUAAGAAAUAAAAUUGUAAAUGGAUAUGAUAUAAUGCCAGUAAAUUGUGUUGAAAUGUAUGGCAAGUUGACGUCGGAAUUAAUGUUUAGGCAGAAUAAGGAUUUGUUGCUGUUGUUACAAAGUGAUUUGGAGGAAUUAGUCAGCAACUUAGAUGGAAAUAACAGUUCUUCCUUAGUGACACUUAUAGAAAUGGUGUCCGCCAUCUUGUCGAGUUUCCUUCGCCACAACAAAAUGGCCGAUCAUACAGUGCCAUUACCUAUUGGUGAAGACUUCUGGACGAUAUACCAAAACUUUGAAGAUCAAUGCUUGAAAAGAUUUGGCGAAUGUGUUUUGAAAUCGGAUUGUAGUUCAUUAUCAUCAUUUCUCAAACUUUGCAUAAGUUUUGCUCAACUGAAAAUAUUGAAUAUCAAAUAUAGCAACACAAAACUGAAUUUCCCUGAAGUUCAAAGUGUUGAUGUUUUUGACUUACAUUCAGUGUUACCUUGUUUAAAUGAAUCACAAUGGAAGGAUAUAGCAAGCAAAGUUACUGAAGAAAACAAUAUGUUAUUGGACAAUCUACUCUUAGUGAAAACCAUGGCACUACAUCUAUUAAAAAUACAAUCAAAUACUGACAAUAUAGAUGAAAUAAUAUCAAACACUAAAUCACAUCUGAUUAAACAGAUAUCAAGUACAAAUAACCUUCAGAAUAAUGAGUAUUUUGCUAAAGUAUUAUUUGCCAAUUUAGAUAAAAGCCAGCUCAGACAAUUGGCAAAAUGUCUGAUAAAAAUGUAUUCAAAUGAACAAGAUGUAGACAUUUUUAAAAAUGACAGCAUUUGUAAUAAUAAAGUGCUUCUAAAUGCUCUAGUUUUUGAAGUAGCUAAAAAUAUAACAAAAAGCUUUGAUAAUGCUUCGUCGUUUAGCAAAAGUUUGGGAAAAGGUAGUUUUGAAAUCACUACCUUUUUCAAAGAUAAUGAUGUAAAUGAGUAUUUUAAUAAUUUAACAAUAAGUACAGAAAACUUUGAAGAAAUAGUCAAAUAUAUUGAAGUGUUAAAACAUCUGCAGAUUUAUUAUUUAGACGAAAAUUGCCAACUAACAGCCAUAUUUGUAUUGGUGACGUUAAAAAAGUGUUGCAACUCGAAAAAAGUUAAAAGAUCCAUCGACAACACACUACAGAGUAUAUUUGAAAUAAGCCCGAAAAAUCCUGAUGUAUUCAAAAUAUUCCCUGUGGAAGUAUUAUUUAAUUUUGAAAAUGGAAUACUAGAAUUACUUAAACUAAAUGCGAAAACGUCCAAUCACGUAUCAAUAAUCAAAAACAUUCUAGAAACAGCUGUCAAAAAAGUUAAAAAAGAACCAGAGAUUGUAAAGAAAAUGGUUGAGAUAUUGCUCAAUAAUUUUAAAACAAAAGUCGUUGAUAUAACGAAUAUAAGUGACUUCAAUGACGAUGUAUUCCAAAUUAUAUGUAUUGUGCUACCAUUAAUCGCUAAAGAGAAGAAAAAUAUAACAACGAGCGCGUAUAGAUCAAUUCUGGCAAACUUACAAGACAAUUUGAACCAGGCUAUGUUAAAUUCGUUCAAAAACGUUGAUUUUAGUAAAAGUGUUUUGAACGCUAGCAACACUGAUAAUAGUGUAAUAUCUGAUGAAACAAUGGCAACACUUAACGCGAUGGGAGCGUAUACGUUGACUUUGUUGAAGAUCUGUGAAACUAAUGACGGUACAGAAAUAAAAAGUAUGGAUUGUCUAUGGUCAGGAUUGGAUUUCUUCGUUCAAAAUGCUAUACAAUCCAUAGAAAAUCCAGACAUGAAAAACAUACACGUAGAUUCAUCGAUACAACUUCUCAACGUAAUAUUACGAUACAUAAAAAAGUUAGAAUCACAUGAGAUUUUCAAAAGCAAAGACAAGUUAUUCUUGCAAAUAUGGCGCGCUGUCAAAUCGCGGUUGUUUAUUCUACUCGACCAUAGACAAAAGAAAAAUAACAGUUGUCUAGAGGAAGUGGCUGUCACUUUGAAAUUUUUAGCGGAAUUGUCUACGGUCGAAUUAUUUGCGAAUAAUAUUGUUGCUGAUUUGAAUACGUUAUUUAUUCUAAAGAAACCAUCCAUAAUCCUCAAGAACGAAGAAGUGACAGCAUCGCAAAUAAUAAGCAGAAAAGUACUAAAAUAUUUAUGCCUAAAUAUUCUCAAAUCUAAUAUUAUCGACACAAAAUGUAGUGCAUUGGAAAAAUUAAUAUUUAGAUCGACGAAAAAUAUUAGAUUUUGGAUACAGCAACAUUAUUGGAAUGGCGGGGAAAUGCAAGAUGGCGUCGAUCAAAAGAACGUUAUUAUUGAGGAUUCCAUUUGCGAAUUGUUGAAAAUCGAUUUGGAUGUACUGGCUGAUGUUAUUUUGGCGGCAAAGAAAAUAUCCCUCGACUACAAAUUCAUAGACGCCAUCUUUGAAUUACAACAACUAAUACAUUACGCUAUAGACACAAGGUGCGAAGUCACUUGGCAAUCGUUCUUCAUACUGUUUGAGGGUUGCGUCGCUAUGUUGAAUAGUAUGAUAUUGUCUAGGGAUGAACUUUUAGAAGAUAGGUGGCCAUGUCUAAUGCAGUGUUACAAAACAUUAGUGUUGUGUAUGUGUGCGCGAGCUACAGCCAUGAAUGAAGAGGACAGAUUGAUUGAACAUAAAUUUGCUGAAAUCGCACAUUCUAUUGAGAAGUUAACCCAGUCGAUAUCAAAACGGAAAGCCCACGUAUCUCGUAUAUCAGCUUACGCAGUCGCCGACUUCUGUUCCUGGCUCGAAAAAUCUCCCCCACCAAAAAUAAUAAGACAACAUCUAGAAAAUUCCAUUGUUUUGUUAAUACAAGCGUCUGAUUCUAAUUACGCUAUGGCGUUCUUACGACGAGGCCUUGCUGGGUCUAUAGGACAAAUGACGUUGACAAAUAUGUAUACAAUGUAUAAGAGAUACCAUAAAUAUGUUGGGAAUGCUUAAAUAAAUAUUUGGAUUUUA